AUGACCGCUCUCACUGCGUACCUUGUCCGAGGGUUACAGCUGCUGCUCGGUACAUCGAAACGGUCCCUACUUGAAAGAGCGGAGGAGCUGGGUGAUCGGGACGAAGACAUUCCUCUCACGCAAAGCCGUCACAACUCGGAAGUUGAGACAGUCACGCUGUCCGAAGCGGCCUCUGCAUUCAACUUCUCCAUGUCGACUCCCGUAGAAGAGCUUCAGGCUCCCCUGAGAGCACAGGAUCCUGCGCAAGUUACCGGUACAGGAGGCCCUCCCACAGCAGAUCCUAUGCCCUCCGCAUCAGAUGCCACAGCAAGUCUGCUUCGUCAGAAUCUUCCGGCACUUACACGAGCUCAGACGUGGGCGGCCUUCGUCAACGCAAAUCUCGACAUCAUUAGCUACAGCGCCAUGUUCAUCUUCAUUGGCCUUCCUGUUUACUACGCUGCCGACUACGCGAUGCCCGCUCAGCUUUGCCUCAAUGUCCUGGCUUACUUCGCGGCAUUAUCUCUUCCUCCGCUCUGGAGACGGUACCUACACCCUGCGGUCGUCGCAUCCGCCAUCACCAUCAUCGGCAUUUGGGUCCUAGCCCUCACUCGGCGGAGCAGCCUUGACGAUGGCUUGCAUGCUUAUCAGACCAAGACGAAGUACGCUCAGCUUCUGCAUGGGAAAGGCGAUCUGCCAUAUCCAGGCGCUGGUGAUAUCUUCAGCAGCGUCCUGGAUGUUAGCAUCGUGGCGCUCGCCCUGCCCAUGUUUCAGUACCGACACGAACUUCGUCGCGCCUUCCUUCCGGUGAUCCUACCAAAUAUCAGUGUAUCCAUUGCCUCUCUACUCGGCUAUCCGGCCUUCUGCCAUGCCAUCGGCAUCGCCCCAGCACGUUCUCUCUCCUUCGCCAGCCGCAGUCUCACGCUCGCGCUCGCACAACCGGCAACCCAAAACAUCGGCGGAGAUCUCAGUCUUGUCGCUGUGCUUUGUAUCACCAGCGGUAUCAUGGGGGUGCUGUUCGGACCAGCCUUGCUGAAGUACUUGAAGAUCCCCGAAGACGACUACAUCACUCGGGGCGUGACGCUCGGCGCCAACUCCUCGGCCAUCGCGACCGCCCUGCUGCUCGUUUCGGACCCGCGCGCCGCCGCGUUCUCGAGCCUGUCGAUGGGGCUCUUUGGCACGGUUACUGUAGCUAUGACCUCCGUACCGCCGUUGGUCCGGGUAAUAACUGCCCUAGCUGGUGUACAGUCAUAA